ACCACAGUGACUAAGGAGGAAACAGCUAAUUUAAUCGUAGCUCCUGCCACUGACACUCUUGCGUCCUAUGGGCAAGAACGCGAGCCGCCUCGCCGCCGUCCUCGUCGUGCUGCUGCUGCUGGCGCUCCGGCAGCUGGAGGCCGACGAGGUCUCGUUCUCGUGCUCCGGCGUGAUCUCCGACGUGUCCCCGUGCAUGGGAUUCCUGCAGGGAGACGAGGAGCACCCCUCCAGCGAGUGCUGCGACGGCCUGUCCGGCCUGGCCGCCGCCGCGGCCACCACCGAGGACCGGCAGGCGGCGUGCGAGUGCCUCAAGUCGGUCGCCGGCCAGUUCACCGCCGUCGAGGCCGCGCCGGCGAGGGACCUGCCGGCGGACUGCGGCCUCUCCCUGCCGUACACCUUCUCCCCCGACGUCGACUGCUCCCAGAUUGAGUGAAAAGAACAAAAAAAAAAAGGAUGGGAUUUGUUGUGCCUGUUGGGAUGAUUGACAGUGUGCCCUGUGUGCUUGGACUGCGUUAAGCCAGAAUUAGUGUGUCAGCAUGUGCGCCGUCACUAUAUUAUGAUUGUCUUCGGCUUUGUGCUAA